CACAGGCGGGGACGAAGAGACAGGUGUGUCCUAAAGUCAGGAAGAAGAGACAGCAGUGACAGAAAACACAAAGAAGCCACAACGUGAGGUGCAGACUCGUUUUUGGGACUUCAGGACAAAGAGCUGCGAAAGAGAGAGAGAGCUGCAGAGAGGAGGACUGGCAGAGACAGAAGGGGCACCACUGGCAGAAGAGACAUCUGGCUGACACUGCAAGAAGUGGAAGCGACAAGUAGUCCACGAUGAGCUGGCUGCAGGAGGACUCCGAAGUCUACAAGAUGCUGCACGGAAAUCAGGAGACCAGAACAUCUCCAAGACAGUCCAGCAGCUUCAAGCUUCUGCAGGAGGCCCUGGAGAACAACCCCGAUGGUAUUUCCACAUCUUUCCCCAGCAAAUUGUCACCCAGUGUUCAGAAACCUGUCAGCAGCAUCCAGAAACCUAUCAGUAAUACUGUGCCAUCUCCGCAGCGGGUGUGCGAAAAGUGCAACACAAGCAUCCAUGAUGUAGCAGUGAGGAUCUCAGAGGGCCGCCACCGCCAUCCAGCGUGCUACGUGUGUGCAGACUGUGGCCUCAACCUACGCAUGAGAGGACACUUCUGGGCAGGUGACGAGCUGGUGUGCGAGAAACAUGCCCGUGCCAGGCAUCACACGGGAUCUCCUCGCACAUGAACAGACCAUUGCAUUGUAAGGAGUGAAUUGCUCUUCCUCCAUUAUAGACCCCCACUCUGACCUCGCCAUAGAAUCCGCUAUAAUAUGAACCUUACAUUUUGUCCUUCCUUGUCCACCGUUACAGACAGUACUGUCUCAUGUCCUUCAGAACGUCCUGGAGCAUACCCAUGUACUUCCGAUGCAGUGACCUCUAGUAUGGGCGUAUGUUCACCAUGAAAGGGCGACUCCAGUAGUUAUACAUAAUGUAAUUCAGAGGUGUAACUGGGGCAUGGGAGCAUCUGCCCUGUGAGCUGAGUGCCAGGGGUGGGCACCAACAAACCUGGGCCAGGAUACUGAGAUACAAGGCUUGGGUGGUAGACUGAAUCUUUGCCCCACCUAGUUACAUCAGCUAUACAAUAGACUGCCUCACCAUGCUGCACAGACUUGUUUUAGGCUCACCCCACUUUAAAAUGAGGGGUCGCUGAAACAUUAGUGUGGCAAUUGGAUCCUAACUAAUCAGUACUUCUUUAAUAGGCCCCCCAUCUAUCAUGCGUCAUUCAUAGUACUGGCUUGUCAUGUCUGUUCUAUCCCCCAACCUCCCCUUCUCUGCUGUUGGCAGUUUUAAAGACUAUUAUAAAACAAACAUGUCUUCC